UCCGUGUGCUAGGGUGUAGGGAUCCCCUGCCUAGGCUUCAGGCGCUGGUGAGCCACCGUCUCUCGCUGCCCAAUUUGUACUGCCACUCCUUCUAGUUACUUCUCCGGCCGCCUCCUCCGUUUUCGAUUCUAAACCAACGUUCCAGGUGUCUCUCUCAACCGCCUCCGCGGCCGCCGAUAUCACGAACGACGAGCUGAAGCUUCUCUCAGAAGUUUCUGUUGGAAGCAUCCAAAAUGUCACGGAAAGGUUUGAUGGAACAAGAUCUGAAUAAACUGGAUGUAACAAAAUUGCAUCCACUUUCUCCUGAAGUCAUAUCUCGGCAGGCUACCAUUAAUAUUGGAACCAUAGGCCAUGUCGCCCAUGGCAAGUCAACAGUUGUUAAAGCAAUAUCAGGUGUUCAGACUGUUCGAUUUAAAAGUGAGUUGGAGCGUAACAUUACAAUCAAGCUUGGAUAUGCAAAUGCAAAGAUAUACAAGUGCGAAGAUGAACGAUGUCCUAGACCCAUGUGCUACGAGGCAUAUGGAAGUGGAAAAGAAGAUAGUCCUAUGUGUGAUGUGCCAGGAUUUGAAAACUGCAGGAUGAAAUUGCUGAGACACGUUUCUUUUGUGGAUUGCCCUGGCCAUGAUAUUCUUAUGGCUACAAUGCUUAACGGAGCAGCAAUCAUGGAUGGAGCUUUAUUACUUAUUGCUGCAAAUGAGAGCUGUCCACAACCACAAACCUCUGAGCAUCUGGCUGCUGUGGAAAUUAUGCGUUUACAACACAUAAUAAUUCUUCAGAAUAAGGUUGAUCUGAUUCAAGAAAAUGUGGCUGUCAAUCAGCAUGAAGCAAUUCAGAAGUUUAUACAAGGAACUGUUGCUGAUGGUGCGCCCGUAGUUCCCAUUUCAGCUCAGCUGAAGUAUAAUAUUGAUGUUGUCUGUGAAUACAUUGUGAAAAAGAUCCCAAUCCCUGAAAGAAACUUUGUCUCUCCACCUAAUAUGAUCGUAAUCCGAUCUUUUGAUGUCAAUAAGCCUGGGUUUGAAGUUGAUGAAAUUAAAGGAGGUGUAGCUGGUGGAAGCAUACUCAGGGGUGUUUUGAAGGUAAACCAAUUCAUUGAAGUUCGACCUGGAAUAGUUGUCAAGGAUGAGAGUGGGAAUAUAAGAUGCACGCCCAUAUACUCUAGAAUAGUUUCACUAUACGCUGAACAAAAUGAUCUUCAAUUUGCUGUGCCUGGAGGUCUAAUUGGUGUUGGCACAACCAUGGAUCCCACGUUGACGCGUGCUGACAGAUUGGUGGGCCAAGUUCUUGGAGAGGUUGGAUCACUGCCUGAGAUUUAUGUUGAACUUGAGGUGAAUUUCUUCUUGCUACGAAGGCUUCUCGGUGUCCGGACAAAAGGAUCGGAGAGGCAAGGAAGGGUAUCCAAGCUGGCCAAAGCAGAGAUCCUAAUGUUGAACAUAGGAUCAAUGUCAACAGGGGCUAGAGUCCUUGCUGUGAAGAAUGAUUUGGCAAAGUUACAUCUGACUUCCCCAGUGUGCACCUCCAGGGGGGAGAAGAUUGCUCUGAGCAGGCGUGUCGAGAAGCAUUGGCGUCUGAUUGGGUGGGGCCAAAUCCAAGCAGGAACCACUCUUGAUGUUCCAGCUACUUCAAUUCUGAGUUAAGUUCAUCGCCGAGACAGACGAGAGACACAGAAAUCAGCAAUCAGGUACAAGAAACCGGAGGAAUUUGGAUAUGUGGAGAGGGAGAAAAGAGUGUUUAGAUUAUGAAUUUUUGUUUUCGUUUGUUGUUUUUAAAAUGUGUCAAUAACUUUAAAUUUUGUGGAUACUGGAUGUAACAGGUGAAAAACAAGACUGACUAUAUAUAUUGGAAAAUGGAUUAACUAA